AUGUCAAAUGAAACAGCGUCUAUGAGAGAAAUACAACACAACCGACAACUCAUUAUACAAGCUCUAAAUAAGAACACAACAAACUUUUCAAACUAUUCUAAGAUAUCUGAGUCAUUGAAAGAAGGAAACUUAAAACUGACAUUAAACCCAAUGACAGAUGAGUUUCUAUUUCAAGACAAGAAGAACAAUACUGUCUGUAUAAAUCCAACAAAAGGAACUUUAAACGAGAAACCUAUAUCUGAACUUCUUUUGAAAGCAGAUGUUGACAACAAAGCUGACAAAGAAUAUGUAGACGAUGCAAUAGCAAAAGAAGAAGAAAGAGCUAACAAAGCUUAUGCAACAAAAGAACAUACUCAUCCUGAACUAGCAGACAAAAAAUAUGUUGACAAUAAAAUGUCAAGUGAAGUGACAAGAGCUGAAAACGAAUAUUCUAAAAAGACUCAUACACAUUCUAUAUCUGAAAUAACAGACUUAAACGUUAGCCUUGAAAAGAAAGCAGAUAAGGAAUGGGUGGCUAGUAAGUUAGAGAAGAAAGCAGAUAAGGAAUAUGUGGAUGAAAAAGAUAACGAAAUGAAAGAAAGGGUUGACUGGUACCAUGAAUGGACAUCGAAGAUUUUAAAAAGUAAAGCCGAUACAGGAUGGGUUUCAGGAUGUUUAGACCUUAAAGCGGAUAAAACAUAUGUUAACGAUGAGUUAGAGAAGAAAGCAAAUAAGACUCAUACACAUACAAGUUUUACAACUUUUACAGCAGAUGAUAUUACACUAAACACAACCUUGCCAAGUAAAGCUCCAACAAUACCACCGGCAACAAGUCUUGUAGAUACUUUGAUAUCUAAUGACAAUAGUAUUAUACAUCUAAGACAGGAACUCAAUGUGCUUAAACAAAUUUUGCCGAAUCUUAUUUACCCGGUUGGCUCUAUUUAUACGUCAAUGAACUCUACCAGACCAGAAGUAGUACUUGGUUUUGGAACUUGGACUCAAAUAGUCGACAGGUUUUUGUAUUGUGCAAACUCUUCAAAGGAAACAGGUGGAAGUAAAACGAUUUCAGGUGCAAAUUUACCUGCGCACAGUCACUACGUAAGUUUAACUACAUCUCGAGAAGGUGGGCAUAGGCAUAAAUAUUGGGAUUGGACAGGAAUGACAAAAGGUAAAGGAUAUGAUGUUAAAGACAACGUUCAGUUUGCUAUAAAUUGUUACUUGGAUAACACUGAGGUAGGAGGAGACCAUACACAUUUCGUUUCAGGGUAUACGCAAACAACCGGACAAAGUAAAGACUACAUGCCACCUUACAUGACAGUUUACGCAUGGUAUAGAAUUGCUUAG